CGAGAAUUUACUCUGAAUAAACUGUUCAUAUCUCGCAGGCCGGGCCUGUAUUUUCCUUUCAUUGUAAUUUGAUAUUUUUAUGACAUCCUUUUCCUCAUUCUGUAACCGUCAUCCAACUCCAUCCUCAACCGGAACAGGCUUAUCUUCACACUUCGCCCGCACUUAACUAGUGAUAAAAUGACGAAUGUUAUGUUUCUAUGACUUUCAGGUUAGUCGGAGACGGAAGCCCAAUCGUUUCUACCUCUGAAACUCUAGCGGUACUCCUUGGUGACCGUUCUCUCGAUUCGCCGAGCCUUUCGAUAAGAUCUUUGAUUCAAAGGUCACGCGGGUUGGGACACUGAACCUGCCUGAACUCCAAGUACGAGAUUUUCCGUACCGGAAGCGAAGCAAUGUCGACGUUUCCUACGGGCACGAAGCGUGGCCUUGGUGCUCCGUCAAGUCGGGGUCGCGUGUCUCGCAGCAGCCGGGCUUCAUCCAGACAAAGCAAUCCCAUUCGAGAUUCAAAUGCCCAUGAAGAGCCUAGCAUGAAAGCUGGACGCGGGAGAGGAAGCGGCACAACGUCAAGCAUGAGGGGGCAACGAGCAUCUAGUGCGGUGAGAAUGGAGAAUGGCAGAUCUUCAGGUGGUCUCUCUAGAGGCCUUCGAGGAACCAAAUCACAAUCAUCGUCACCUUUCGGAUCUGCGCCAACCAAUAGUAUAUUUUCUAUUGAUCGCGCAAGGGAUCCACGACGCCAACAGGGUUCAGUUCCGCCUUUUAAGCCGCAGAAAAAGGACAAGAAUCAGGACUAUAUGAGUCGUUUCGAACAGUUAAAACGUGAACGUACCAAGCAACGUACCAAGGCCAUUAAUGAAGGACUUAUGGCAGACCCCAGCCAACCGACGUCCCUAAAUCGAGCCAUCACUCCUACUGGCGCCUGCACGGAUAUGUGCCCUGAGUACGAGCGAGUAGAACGAAUUGUUCAAAAAAUGGUAGAUAAAAGUGAAAAGUUACUGAACCUAGACACCGGAGAGCUUGACAUUGCGGAGACUAGGAUGAUUAAGAGGUUUCGAAGAUCAGCGGCCGGCUAUGAUGAGCAAUUGCCCUCUGAUAUCAGGACGCCGAACGCCCUCUUGCAGACGCUAAAUUACAUCCUUCGAUACGUGAUUAGUGACGAUGAUACUCUUGGAGGUAUCCAUAAAUUUGUCUGGGACCGAACUCGGUCAAUCCGCAAUGACUUGUCUAUCCAGCAACUCACGCAGCAACAAGACGUGGAAAUUGCAGUUAAAUGCCUCGAGCGGAUAGCUCGUUUCCAUAUUCUAUCCCUCCAUUUAUUAUCAAGUCCCACAAAUACGGAACAGUUUGACCACCACCAAGAGCGGGAACAACUUAACAACACUCUUCUCUCGUUAUUGUACUACUAUGAUGAUUUUCGAGGGCGUAUGGUAUUUCCGAACGAAGAUGAAUUUCGUGCUUACUACAUUCUCUUUUCGAUCCACGAUCAGCGCCCUGAUUUGGAAGCACGUGUUCAAAAGUGGCCCCGUGAAUUACUACAUUCUCCACGAAUAAAAGUCGCCUUGGAACUCUUUGCUGCUGCCGGGAAUACCUGGGAAUAUCAAGGAACUCUUGAUGCGCGCAGGCCUAAUGCUAUCGCUCAGGGGCUCUAUUCACGAUUCUUCAACCUGGUCCGUUCAAAAAGUGUUUCAUACCUCAUGGCAUGUAUUGCGGAGAUUUAUUUUAGCCAAGUGCGUCAAACUGCGAUUCGAUCAAUAUGGAAAGCCUACUGCCGACAGCCACUCUCCCAGCAGCACAAAAACCAAGAGUGGACAAUUGAUAGGCUCACAACAGCGCUAUGGCUCGAUGACGAAGACCAAACCAUUAAAUUUUGUGAAGAUCAGGACCUCGAACUCGCAACCGAUUCUGAAGGACGGCUUUACCUCGAUUGGGGGAGUCGUUCAGUUGACUCUGUCGCCUUCCAACCGUCUUCUCAACAGAUUUUCUCGGAACGCUUAGUCGAGUCGAAACGUUACGGAAGGACUCAACAAGCUAUUAUUCUUGGCAUGAGUGUUUCACAGGCACUUAAGCAUGGGAUGAUAGAUAAAAUGCUGCUUCACACAGAAUCAGAAUCUGCAGCCGUGUCCGCUAAAGGAGACGGAGAACACGGGGGUCUUUUUGUUAGCGAUGACGAAGGCGAAAAAGAAUUACAAAAGAAUCACGACAACAUUUCUAAUAUUGAGGUCCAGGCAGAGAUGCCGUCAACGUCUCCCUCGAUAUUUUCUCGGUCUUUGGAAAGUGGAAAUAGCCAGACCUCCACGAACCCAUUCAUAAACCAUCUGACGGGCACAUUCCCUGCCGGCUCACCAUCUACAUCUUCAUUAUCAGCUAGCGCUCCUCCUUUUGUCCCUCAGGGCUUAACAAACUUCACCAAGUCUCAACCAGCACAGUCAGUACCUUCAUCGAUAGAAUCGCGCCUAGACGAAGUCAAACCCCCGGUUUCGAGUAGCCCUUUUCCGUCUGUGUCAAUGUCUGGGCCCUCAGCGCCUGUAUUUUCUCCCUUUGGUUCGAAUUUCGGAAACCCGUUUGCAUCGAAGCUUACUUCAGCGAAAGACGCCACUGCGCCCCAACUAUCACCAUUCCCUGCCAAGAAAGGAUUGUUUGGAACCCCUUCCGCACCCGAAACUGUCUCUUUCGGAAGACCAAGUUCAUCACCGGCCGUAGCCACGGUUGAAAGCGUUGAAAGCCCUAAGACGCCCCCUUUUGCACCAUUCACAAGUAAUUCGUCAACAAUAGCCACUGAUCAGCCCGACAUCCAGAAAACAACAAGCAAAGGUCAGGGCUCGAAAAUAGCAUCUACUACGCUUUUCCAAGGCACCUGGGGCGGUGCUUCACCUGCGGCGGAUACGGUUAGCAAACCAUCGAAUUCUGCCCAUCCCGAGCAGCCACAAAAUCCUCUUUUCCCAUCCACCUCAGCAGGAAUAUUCGGCCUCCAGCCCAGUGAGUCUCGUGAAUCCGCACCAAGUCCAUUUGGAGUUGUCGAGCCGCUACAAAAGCAAACAUCUUCUCAGGCUAAUGCUGGAAAAGCGCCCACGUCGCUCUUCUCUUCGCCGCAGCCUACAGAGUCAUCUAAGCCUACGAAGUCCGUACUUUCGACCUCUAUAAUAUCGUCAACACCUUCAUCAAAUCCAUUCUCCGCAACCCCCCCCUUUACCGGGUCCCAGAACCAGAAGAGCUUGGAUGUUAAAGGUCCUGAGCCAAAAUAUCCGCCACCAUCACUUGUUGGUCAACCAUCAAGUCCAAAAAAGACCCAAGGGGCUCCAGCUCCUGCUGUGCAACCACCAACUUCGAGGCCCUCAGAGAAGCCUGUCGAAGACCAGGAUAGGGUAAGACGAGAACUUGAGCAACGAGCCGUGAGAGAGCAUGAGAAGAGAAGAAUAUUGGAAGUAGAGGCUGCCAAGAAAGAAGCAGCGAAGCGAGAACUUGAGCGGCUCAAAGCUGCACGAAUUGAAAAGGAGAAGAAAGAGGCGGUAGAACGGGAAGCAGCACGGCGAGAAAAAAUGAUGAGAGAACAGGAAGAAGAGUUACGAGCUGCACGAAGGGAGAUAGAGAAGAGAGAGGCUAUUGAGCGAAAAGCAGCAGAGAAGGAAGCGGCUAGAAAAAAUGCGAUUGAAAAGGAGGUAGCAAAACGCAAAGCUUUGGAUGGAGAAAACGAGGAAGAACAAUCCCGAGGAAAAGCGAAGAUGGCCAAACUUAGCCCUAAACAAACACUCACGGUUGAAGAAUUAUUGGCCCUCGAACUCUCCAAGCAAAAAGCUGCACCGCCGAAGCAGGCUACGGAACGAAAGUCUUUGAUUGAUGAGGAUGAAUUACUCUUCACUGCGGCACGUAUGGCUGGUAGGGAACUGUCACGUACCGGUUUAUUUGAUGGUAUUCCACAGCUCCCAGAGUCAGUAUCCCGCCCAUCAACACCAGCCUCGUCAUUUUCGUCAUCUAUUAUGGGACGGGCAAGCGUUAGUAGUCGGGAGAUCAGCGAUGGUCAACACGCCAUGGUGAACGGGUACAAAGUAGCCUUGGCUCCAGAGACGCCACUAGGAUUAGGAAGGAGUCUCUCCAGAACAGAGCAGAGGAUUCGGUUAACAGGUGCUCAUGGCCUUGCGUAUAAGCCGAUUGCGAACCUUUUAAGAACGCCUAAUGAGAAGGGGAAACAGAGGGCUCCCUGGGGAAACACCAUAUCUUAA